AUGCAAAUCCCAACAAAAUUUUUAGUUUUUUUUAAUUUGGUUAUAUUAUUUGUAUUUUUAAAUUUUGAGCGUGUAGAGUUAAAGUUAAACAAUAUAAUAUAUGACAAGAAUAAUUUUAGUAACAAUAAUUAUAAUUAUUAUGUAAAUAAUAAUAAUGAUGAAAAUAACGAAGGAAAGAAUUCUGCCGAUAAUAUAGACAUAAUAAAGAAGGACGAUGCUGUAGAUAAUAAAGAGAAUGAGGAAAAAAAUAGUUUGGAUGUUUUUAAUAAGGAUGAUGAAAAUUCCCAUCACGAAGAUAACGCUCAACAAGAUGAAAAUCUCCAUAACGAAGAAAAGGAUGAUGAUGAUGAUGAUAAUAAUAAUAUCGAAGAAGAUCUAGAUAACGAAGAUAAGAUGUAUUUUGAGGAAAAUCCAAAGAAUGAAGAAGAUGCACAUGAUGAGGAUAACGCACAAGAUAUUGUUAAAUCGGAAGAGGAUUCUUAUGAUGAUGAUUCAAAACAUUUUAGUGAUAACACUAAUGUGUACGAAACCAAUACCAACAUAUUUGUAGAGAAUAAACAAGAUGAUAAUGAAGAAAAAGACCAUGAAUAUUAUUUAAAAGUUCAAGAAGGUGAUAAUAUAACCGUUAAUAAAAAAGAAGAAGCUACUGGUUUCGACGUAGACCAAGGUGUAAGCGCCUUGUUCUUUGACGCCAAUUUAAAGAAAGACGUUGACGAAAAGAUGAACAAGGAAAUUGUUUUUGUCGAUGAAGAAGAGGAGAAUAAAAACAUGAAGCAAGAAGACAAAGGAGAUUUGUUAAGCACAAGUGAUGGUAAUGAUAACGAAAAUAAUGACGAUAACAAUGACGAUAACAAUGACGAAAAUAAUGACGAUAACAAUGACGAUAACAAUGACGAUAACAAUGACGAUAACAAUGACGAUAACAAUGACGAUAACAAUGACGAUAACAAUGACGAUAACAACGACGAUGAUGAAGACGAAGAUGAUGAUGAUGAUGAAGAUGAUGAUGAAGAUGAUGAUGAAGAGUAUCAUGUGAAUAAAGAUAAUAGAGAGAAGAAAAAUAAGAACAGUGAUAAUAUAUCAUUAUUAGGAAAGAGGAAAAUAUCACAAGAUUCUAUAAAAGACGAAUUAUCCAGAAAUAAUGAAAAUGAUUAUAAAUAUAAUAUAGAAGAAGAUGGUAAAGAAAGAAAUGAAGAUGAGUAUAGAGAACAUCAACAAAAUGGUCAUAUGAUAUCAAAUAUAAAUAAUACAUGGAAUAGUAUAUUUAAUUUAUUUAGAAAGAAUAAUUCUCGAUUUAUUAAUAAUGUAAAUUAUUUUAGAAAGGAGAUACAAAAUGAAUUUUCUUUUAGAAAUGGUUUAUAUUUUAGUCCAACUACUGUAGGUGAAUAUAAUAAAUUAGUAGAUACGAAGAGAUAUGCAUAUAUUAAAUUACCAGAAAAUACAUUAAUUUUUGUAAUAACAGCGAAUAAGUUUUUUUUUCAAGAUCUCAUAUAUUCUAAUAAUAAAUAUUUAUCAGUAAAAAGAAAGUUUACAUUUGCCAUGAAUUACUUAAUUCGUAAUUUAAAAAAGAAAAUUUUCUUUAGAAAUUAUCAGUAUCAAUAUUUAUUUAAAGAUGAUUCCUUUGCUUAUGAUUCUACAAGAAGAUUAUUAGAUAUGGAUUUAUUAGGAGAAAUAUCUAGAGUAACUCAGACUAUACAUCUAGGUGAUUUCGAAAAAAGAAAAGUUAGCAUGCAUAAAUUAUAUGGUGGCUGGUUUCAUUUCUUAGGUAUUAUGGUUAUUAACGGAUAUAAUUGUAAUAUAUAUGAAAAAAAUACGAAUGCUGAAAAAGUACAAGUUAUUCCAAAACAUAUGAUACAUGAAUUUAAAGAAUUAGUAAAUAAAAAACAUGAUGAUUAUCAUAGUGGAUAUGUAGUAGGUCUAUGGAGAGAUUUCCCAAGAAAUACCUUUUUGCCAUGGAGAUUUUCUGUUGAAUUGUUUUUAUGGGAUCUAUUAAAUGUCUUACCACAUGAAUUACCACACCCUGCCAAAUUAAUAAUGACAUAUAAUAAAAAUAUGAAUGCAUUAUAUUCAAAUGGAAAACAAGAAGAUACUGACAUGAAGGUUGUUCAAGCGUCUGAUGGUAUGAUUACUAAUAACAACAUGAUGAUACACAAUAAUAACAAUAGUGAUUUUCUUCAUGUACAAACGAAAAAGAUAAAAGAUAAUAAUUAUUAUAAUAUGUUAUUAAAUGUAUGGCCUGAACAAGUUAAAAACAUUGUUAGAAAACAUCCAGGUUUUGAUGUUGCUCUCGUAUCUGAAGAAGAUUAUUUGAAUAACAUAAAUAAUGAAGAUGAUUAUUAUGUUGAUAAUGAACAAAACAAUGAUAUUUUUAAUUAUGAUGAUAAAAAUAAUAAUGGACAUGGAUAUAUCUUCUUAAUCUUGUUAAACAAAAACUUUUUUGUUGAUGAGUUUAUGAAAAGUUCAAAUUAUGAACAAGCCAAAAAAAAUUACUUCUGUGAUAAAAUAAAAGAAAUAAUGGAAGAUUUGGAAAAAUUAUUGGAUGAUUUGAAGCAUAAAUAUUGUCCUGUUGACGACAACAACAAUGAUAAUAAUAAUAAUCAUGAUGAUAACCAUGAUGAUGAUAACCAUGAUGAUGAUAACCAUGAUGAUGAUGACCAUGAUGAUAAUUUGCCAACUGAACGUCCGGUUGCUACCUUUUACAAUUAUCUUACGGAUAAAUCGAAUUAUAAAAAAAUAAAUCCUCAUGUUCUUGGAGAGAUUGCUGGAAUUACGAAACAUCUAAGAUGUGAAGAUUUUCCUAAUAUUUCAGAUAGAUGUGUUAAUAAUAUUUCUAUACAUCAUAAAUAUGGAGGUUGGUUUGAAUUUGGUGGCGCCAUCCAUCUAAAGAACAUGAAUUAUGUUGAACCUACAUAUGAACAACAUGAUGAUAUUAUGAAAGAAACAUUCGAAGAAGUUAUAUUAGCUCAAGCAAAUUGUAAAUGUCAAAGUAUUGGAUUGUGGAGAGAUAUACCUGAAAAAGAUAUGUCUGAAUAUAGAUAUCCUUUGAAUGUUUUCGUUUUAGAAAAUCCAAAAUAUAAUUUAUUGAACUUACAAGAUAUACAUCCAUAUCUUGUUGUUGAUAUAUUAAAUAAAGGAUUGCAUGCAAUGAAAGCAUAUGCUAGCGGUAAAAUGUAUAAUAUUGUAACACCGAAGGACAUAUCAAAUAAUAAUGAUGAAGAAGAUAAUAUGUCGAAUGAAAAUAAUACUACCUAUGCUUACCUAAAUGAUUACCAUAGUGAUAGUACCCAUGUUCCCGAUGAAGAUAAUGAAGCACAAGAUGAAGAAGAUGAAAAACAAGAAAUAGAAGACGAUGAAGAAGAAAAAGAAGACGAUGAGGAAGAAAAAGAAGAAGAGACAACUUCACAACCAAAAGAUGUUGAUGAUAAUGGACCAAAUGAUCCAUUUUACGAUGGAACAUUCAACGUUUUAAAUAAAGAAAAUGUACAAACAACUUCACAACCAAAAGAUGUUGAUGAUAAUGGACCAAAUGAUCCAUUUUACGAUGGAACAUUCAACGUUUUAAAUAAAGAAAAUGUACAAACAACUUCACAACCAAAAGAUGUUGAUGAUAAUGGACCAAAUGAUCCAUUUUACGAUGGAACAUUCAACGUUUUAAAUAAAGAAAAUGUACAAACAACUUCACAACCAAAAGAUGUUGAUGAUAAUGGACCAAACGAUCCAUUUUACGAUGGAACAUUCAACGUUUUAAAUAAAGAAAAUGUACAAACAACUUCACAACCAAAAGAUGUUGAUGAUAAUGGACCAAACGAUCCAUUUUAUGACGGAACAUUCAACGUUUUAAAUAAAGAAAAUGUACAAACAACUUCACAACCAAAAGAUGUUGAUGAUAAUGGACCAAACGAUCCAUUUUAUGACGGAACAUUCAACGUUUUAAAUAAUGAUAUUAAAGAGAAUGAGCAAGAUGCAGAUAUUAUAGCUCAAGGUUCAAGUGGUCAAACACAAGAAUAUAUAAAAGACGUAGAAAAUAAUGUAGAACGAAAUAAUGAAAACAAUAUUAAAAAAAAGAAUAUUGAUAAUAAUGAUAAUAAUGAUAAUAAUGACGACGACGAUGAUGAUGAUGAUGAUGAUGAUAGUACAAAUAAAAAUGGAAAUUUAUUAAAAGGUACAAUAUCGGAUAAUCAAGUAACAAGCAAUUUUAGGGAGAAAUUAUUUAUAUUUAUAAUACUUUGUUUAAUAUCUGUAUGCCUUGCUUUAUUAGUAAGUAUUGCUAUAAAGGUAUAUGCAUCUGUUAUGAAAAAAAAAAUAGGUGAUAAGCAUGAUGUUGUUUUAUCCUUUAAGGAUAGAGAAGAAAUUCCUGUUGUUUCCGGAAUACCAGCUCCAUGGUUAAGUUCUUAA